AUGACUUCUACUCAAGAACUCGCUUGCGUUUAUGCUUCCCUUAUCCUUCAAGAUGAAGAUGUUUCCAUUACUGCUGACAAGAUCGCCGCUAUCUUGAAGGCUGCCAAUGUUUCCGUUGAACCAUUCUGGCCAGGACUUUUUGCCAAAGCCCUCAGUGGAGUUGACGUUGCUGGACUUAUCGCUAACAUUGGAUCUGGAGCUGGAUCUGCUGCUUCAGCCCCUGCUGCUGCUGGUGGUGCUGCUCCUGCCGCUGCCGCCGCCCCAGCUGCUGAAAAGAAGAAGGAAGAAGCUAAAGAAGAAUCUGAUGAUGACAUGGGAUUCGGUCUCUUUGACUAA